UCUUCGAUUUGAAACCAGACUGAUAAAAGCGUCCCAAAAAAAAAAAAUCGGACAAAAACCCAUCGACGAUUCGAUUUUCAGACCAAACUCCACCACUCAUAUUCCCCUUUUCCUAUUUUUAGGGUUUCUAAUCCUCCAAAGAAGCAGAAAUAUCUCGGACCCAAAACACCAAUUUCCGUUUAUCGGACCCAAACCCUAAAGAAAUCCGCUGAGAUUCCGUUUCAAACCAUCAAAUUCGGGUUCUUGAGGGUUCUAGGGUUUUGAUUGGGUCCAAGAAUUCCUUGAAGAUGGAUCUUCCCAAAGAAAUCGACGAUUUCGUCAAAGAAUCCAUUGAUCACUCCCUAGGGCUCCCUGUAUCCACGCACACUCUGGAGUUGAAGCUUCGUGCCUCCGAAGAUGCGCGGCGCCGACUCCACAACCGCUGCCUUUCCCUUCAGACCAAAUUGCAGGAGAAACAAGACGUCCUCGAGCGCGUUAGGGCUGAAGCGAGUAUGAAUGCGCAAGCGUUGAAGAAGUUUGUGGAGGAGAAUCAGAAAUUGGCCACUGAGUGUGCGAAUCUUUUGAGUCAGUGCAGUAAGUGGGAGAGGGAGUGCUCGCUUUACGAUCAUGACCGGGAAGCCUUGAUGGAUUUCGGGAAUGAGGCCGAUCAGCGGGCCAAGGAAGCUGAGAUUCGAGUUCAUGAGUUGGAGGGGGACGUCAGAAGGUUGUCCGACGAAUUGCAGUUCUACAAGCACGAGUACGAUAUGCGUGCGGUUGAUUUAUCCGCUGAGGAAAGAAGUACAGAGAGCAGUUUACUUGAGUCAGUGUUGGUAACAUUGAUCGGUAAAGAUGAUGUUGCAUCCGCACAUGCAUUCUUGGAGGCAAACAGCAGAUAUGAGUCAUGUCAAAGGUUGCUAAAAAUGUGGCAUUGCUUGAUGCCGUCAACUCAGAAGGUUUUAUCCCUAGCUGCUGAAAUGAAGACACUUGAGAAAGAUAAGGAGCAUUUAAGGAUCAACCUUAAUAGAGCUGAAGAGGAGGUUAAAUUGCUAUUCGAAGAAAAUAAUGUAUUGGAUGAGGAGAAUAAAAGGUUACUGAGGCAAUACCAGAAAGAAAGAACCCGUCAUGGUUCUAGUGGGAAACAAACCGGCAGUGCUUCUGCCAAGUCAAACAAGCGUAAGUCAAGCCCCAAGAUGAGCAGCCCAAUUGAGAAGAAGCUUGAUUUUAAUGAUCUAGAUUCAGCAAGACAGCCCCUGUCACCCUUGCAAUUGAACUCCCUUGACUCUGAAAUGCAAAGGUUCUAACAAAUUUCAUGAAUAGGUCUGAUGUUUUCUUCUUUCCCCCUUGGUAAUUCUUUGUAUUCAUAAUGGUGUUUACACUCCAGAAGAUCUUGAACUAAUUUUUUUGUUAUUGAGAAUUCUCUCACUAAGAGACUUCCAAGUAAAAGAAGGGCUUUCUUCUUACUCAACGAUUUACCAGACAACAGCAAUCUAAUGAGACUUAAAAGAGUCUUUAAAUGUGUUUCUGAGACAAAUGAAAGAUCUUGCCAUUGUAUCUGAAGUGAUACCGUUGGGAAUGGUUUGACCGUUGAAUUAUGAAUUUUGAUGAGAA